UGGCGACGAAAUCACACAUCACGUGGCGUAACGUCCGUUCAAUGGUGUAGUUGUGAUAAUUGUAGUUUACGUCUUUUAAGUGCUACUUACGUUGACAGAAAAACAUUCAUAAGUACUUACAAGUUCUCUACCAGUUUUUGCUGUUAAAUGAAAACUGUUUUAUAAAUAUUAAUCAAUUUCACUAUCUGUAUUUGAAAACGUCAAGAUAUUUUCCUUGAACUUUAUUAUUAUGUUGACAUUCCUUUGAAUAUAUUUUAAAUUUCUUGAAAGAUUCGACCGUCAGGAAAAGUUGAUAUAAGUUAUGAACAAGUUUAUGUUAUAAUUUAAUGUAAAAUCAAGAUCUUUCAUCAAAAUGUAGUUCUUACCUGUGAUAUUAGAAUUACAAAUGAUCAGUUUAUAUUCUCCACGUGUGCUUUUGUGUCUGUGAAUGCUUCUGGAAACAUAAAGUAGAGGUUCAAGGUAACACUGAAAAAUGCUGGCCUCUGCGCAUCUGUUAUUACUUCGGUGUCCGAAGACGAACAUCCCGCCGUAUUUUUCCUUCGGAAUCAAAAAUAAGUUAUCGAGAACCUAUUCGUGCGGUAGAAACUCCACCGUCUCGUCGUCUAAAGGUCGACGGAUCGGUUGUCUACCCGUAAAACAUUCCAUUCUGAGAUUAUGUAGAUCGAAUAAUAUUUUAUGCGUGAGAAGUUGCCCGUUGUCCACUAGUCGAAAGCUUCCUAAUCUACAUGUCGGUAGGAUUUUACAACUUGCAAAACCAGAAAAAUGGAAGUUAUCUAUUGCCAUCGUGUUGUUACUGAUUUCGAGUACCGUGACACUUGCGGUCCCUUACUGUUUGGGUCAGGUGAUCAACAUAAUAUACAAUAUGCCGAAAGACGAAGUGAAGUCCAAGCUGACGAAAGUCUGUCAGUUCUUGAUAUUACUUUUUAUCAUUGGUGGUCUUGCUAAUUUUGGACGUGUCUAUUUGAUCAAUUUGACAGGACAGAAAAUAGUUAACAGAGUUCGAACAAUGGUUUUUAGUUCUAUCAUGAAGCAAGAAAUUUCUUUCUUUGAUGUCAACAAAACUGGAGAAUUAAUAAAUAGGCUGUCGUCCGACUCGAUGGUGGUCGGACAUUCCUUGACGCAGAAUAUUUCUGAUGGGUUGAGAUCGGCAUUUGCAAUACUAUCGGGAGUCGGAAUGAUGGUGUAUGUUUCUCCAGAACUGUCUCUUGUUGGACUGGUAAUUGUUCCGCCAGUUGCCAUCAUUGCCGUUAUCUACGGUCGAUAUUUACGAUACAUAAGUCAAUCUCUGCAAGACUCCCUAGCAAGUGCUGCCCAGGUUUCGGAAGAAAGCAUCACAAAUAUUCGAACGGUGAGGUCGUUUGCACGGGAAAAACAAAUGUACGACGAUUAUGCCAGCAAAAUUUCAUUCGUCAUGAAAUUAGCGAGGAAAGAGUCUCUGGCAAGAGGAAUAUUUUAUGGUUCAUCAGGUCUAAGUGGAAAUCUUGUUGUACUCUCGGUGCUUUAUUACGGGGGUGUCAUGAUGACCGAAGCACAAAUUACCGUCGGCGAUCUUACAUCAUUUCUCAUGUAUGCUGCUUAUGUUGGCAUUUCUAUUGGAGGCAUCAGUUCAUUUUAUUCUGAAUUAAUGCGUGGUUUGGGUGCCAGCGAAAGGCUGUGGGAAUUGGUCGACAGGAAGCCUACAAUACCGUUAACUGGUGGGCACACUUUUCCUUCACUGAAAGGAAAUAUUACUUUUGAUGACAUCACAUUUUCUUAUCCAAAUCGUCCAGAUGUAAAUAUCUUACAGAAUUUUACACUGUCGAUACCCCACGGUUCGGUUCAAGCUAUUGUCGGUCCGAGCGGUUCCGGAAAAUCCACCUUGGGAAGUCUCCUCCUCAGAUUUUAUGAUGUUAAUUCAGGUUCUCUGUUAAUCGACGGAAAUGACAUUAAAGACCUGGACACAAGUUGGUUAAGAAAUCAGAUAGGAAGCGUCAGUCAAGAUCCUGUAUUAUUCUCGUGCUCGAUUCGAGACAACGUAGUUUUUGGACUGUCUGAUUCCUCGAACGCAAUCGAAGAGAAAGUUGUUCACUCUCUUAAAGAAGCUAAUGCAUGGGAAUUUAUAAAGCAGUUUCCCCAAGGAUUAAAUACAAUAGUUGGAGAAAGAGGAAUCAUGUUAUCGGGUGGACAGAAGCAAAGAAUUGCUCUUGCUCGAGCCAUUAUAAAGGAUCCUAAAAUCUUACUGCUGGAUGAAGCUACAAGUGCAUUGGAUGCGGAGAGUGAAUUUCUUAUAAAAGAGGCCCUGGAACAAAUCAUGAAGAACCGGACGGUUGUGGUCAUCGCUCACAGAUUAUCUACGAUCACCGGUGCCGACAAGAUUGCGGUUUUGGACGGGGGUAGAAUUGUCGAAUCGGGCAAUUUCGACGAGCUGAUGAGAAUAUCCGAUGGAUAUUUUCGUAAAUUAAUAGAGAAACAAUCAAGAAUAAAGAAAACUUAAUGAUGUAAUAAUUUAUACAAAAUCAUUUUAAUAUAUUAUGGCACAUGACACUGUUGAAAAAAAUGGAAUAUUGCUACUAAGAAUUUUUAUAUUUAUAGUUAAUUUU